AUGCCUCCUAAGAAGAAAAGGCGCACAGAUACUCCUCAGAGUUCACCUUCCGCCGCUGAGCCAACCACUCCAGAUCUAGCAUCAUGGCCUGGUUGGUGUGAGAUUGAGUCUGAGCCCGCUUUCUUCACCACAAUUCUCAAAGACAUCGGUGUUCGCGACCUCAGGGUCCAGGAGGUCUUUGGCGUCGACGAUGAUGCACUUGCCAUUCUGCCUAAACCAGUCCAUGCUGUUAUCUUCUUGUUCAAAUACCAACAAGACAGUACAGCAGAGCAGGUCCAGGAAACCAAAUGCCCAUCUCAUGUCUGGUUCGCCAAUCAGAUUCCUCAAUAUGCUUGUGGAACAGUGGCUUUGCUCAACAUUGUCAACAAUAUUUCAAGUUUGGAGCUCGGCCAGCCUCUGGAGUCUUUCAAGGACUACACGCAAUCAUUCGAUCCCAUCGCCAGAGGUUAUGCCAUCGACAGCUUAGACUUUGUCCGCAGGAUACACAACUCGUUCGCCCGGGAUACUGACAUGCUCAACAUUGACUCUCUGAUGCGCGAUAGGAAGGACAUAAUGAUGCAGAGGCAAAAGACUCAAGCUGCAAAUGCCGCUAAAACUGCCAAAGCGGCAGAAAGAGCAGCGGCACGCGUCACCAACACAGAAACAGCUCCGGGCAAACUGAGGUCCAAUCCUUUGCGCAAAGCUAGACCUACCAAACCUGUGGCCGAAGACGAAGAAGACCAAGAUCCGGAAGAAUCAGGCUUUCACUUUGUUGCUUACAUGCCAAUUGGCGAUGAUGUUUGGAAGCUUGAUGGUCUUGACUCUUUUCCCACAGCAGUCGGCACGAUACAUCCUGGUCGAGAUUGGUUGAGUGUUAUUCAAAACUCAAUCAGCGUCCGUAUGGCGCAGUAUGAGGAAGGUCAGAUGCAGUUCAGCUUGAUGGCCGUCGUACAAGAUCCAGUCAUCGAAGACCGCCGCGUUCUUGCUCAGAAUGUUCUGUCAUUACAGAAGAUCGAACUCCGACUCAACGAAACGUCUCAAGACUGGUGCAGCUAUACCUCUCCAGAGUCUGAGGAGAAUGUUCUGUUCGGCUCAAGCAUGGAAUACGGAUUGACGGACGAGAUGCUCGCAAAGGCCACCAUGCCCGAGAACAUGACUCGGCAGCUCAGAUCAAGCUGCCCAGAGAGUCUUCUGAAAGUGCGACAAGAACUCAUAACGAAUCAGGCUGGCUGUCGAGCUCAGGUACGGGACUCGCAGCAAGCCGAGAAGCUGGAUGUAAAGGAAUCCAUGCACCGAAGACAUGACUAUGGCUCAUUUGUCAAGUUGUGGAUGCAGGCGUUAGCUGAUGAAGGAGCCCUGAAGUCCUUGUUGGACGAGGAGCUGAGAUGA